UGGAUUCAGCUUGGCGGUCAUACUGGUCAGUUUCAUGUUUUUUUUUGUUGUGGAACCAUUAUGAAGUUAUGUGACGACAAGUCUCUAGAACUCAAUUCAUACAGGAAAAUCCAAUCCGAUCCUAUGUGUAACAUCUGUCCGAAGUUUUUUCAUCAUGUCGAGCGCAAUGGUCAAACAUACAUCGAGUUAGAAGAUCUUUUGCAGUAUUUCACUGAUCCUAAUGUCAUGGAUAUCAAAAUGGGUACCAGAACUUUCUUAGAAUCUGAAGUAACGAACGACACUUGUCGAGUUGAUCUGUACGACAAGAUGAUUAAGAUCUGUCCUAAGGAACCAACAGAAGAGGAACAUGGGAAGAAAGCUGUCACUAAACUGAGAUAUAUGCAGUUCCGUGAGAGGAUGAGUUCCACUGCUAAUUUAGGGUUCAGAAUUGAAGCAAUUAGAUUACAGGGCCAGUCGCCAAACAACAAUUUAAAGACGACACGAAAGCGAGACGAAGUGAUGCAGUUUAUAACCGAGCACUUCAUGAAAGGUAACAAACUCAUCUGUGAGAAGUUCCUCCGUAGGUUGAGGCACAUAAAAGUGUGUCUCGAAUCAUCUGAGUAUUUUAAAAGCCAUGAGUUUAUAGGAAGUUCUCUACUAUUCGUUUACGACGAACUGAAUGAGGCGAACGUCUGGUUGAUCGAUUUCGCCAAAACUCAAUCCACGCCUAAUAUGGACCAUCGUAAAGAAUGGUGCUGCGGAAAUCACGAAGACGGCUACCUCACUGGGCUUGAUAACAUCAUAUCGGUCAGUCUGUGCGUGUGUGUGUGUAUGCGUGUGUGUGUGUCCGUAUUUGUAUGCGUACUAUAUUUUAGUUCUCUUUAG